UCUUUUUACUAGGUGUAUGCAGCAGUAUUAUGGCAACAAGCUAAAGACAACAGAAAAAAUUCAUCUGAGAAAACAUGCUUUGGCAUCUCUCUCCCAGAAGAAAAACUCGAUGACUUUCGGGAUGAGCAGAUUGGACAGUUGCAUGAGCUGAUGAACGAAGCUACUAAACCCAGUCGGCAAUUUAGUCUUACUGAGUCUACAGAACCAAAACUUUAGUAAAUACAA